AUGCCUUUCACCACUGCUAGCCCUGCGGAGAUUCCCCGCCCUCAUUCAAUCGACUUCAAAUCAUCCUACGUGGAGGCAACCAAUGCAGACUCUUCGUUUGACGAACCGGAGGAUCUGCGUUUGUCACACUUUGAGAACGAGUGGUACGCCGAAACCUCUGAGGCUUAUAUCAUCGGCCCUAUGCCCACCGCACAAUUUCUCGACUUCCUACCGUUGAAGAACAAGGCGCGGAUGCCGACAGCGCAAGGCGCAUUCAACCAUCUAGACGAGUGGGACAUGGCAUCUGGAUUGCGCCACUCCAUCAGUAGCCACAACCGCUGCCCAGGAUUUGUAUUUCAGUAUAACAACCCCGACGACGAAGAAGACGAGCCCGCGCUUAUCAUGAAGAUGAGCAGCGAUGACGACGACAUUCGUGGAGAAUACUAUGAGCUCUUCAUCGACGUGCAGAAGGACGAACAGGGAGAUUUUCUCCGUGACCCUCCGCCAGGCGUGGACCGCGCCCGCCAUAGCUUCCUCCGCACCCUCGGCCACAUCCACAAAUCCAAACGCGAAAAGGCACGACAGAAAUUCGGCAGGAAUGUUCGCUGGGCUACUGAUGCGCUGGUGAACCAACACCGCCUACUUUACUUCUCCGUGGCGAUCCAUGGAACCUCAGCACGACUCCUUCGAUGGGACCCUAGUGGGCUGGUUGCAUCAGAAGCAUUCAACCUUCAUGAGAAGCCAGAGAUUUUGUGCGAGUUCCUCUGGAGAUUCGCCCACGCAUCUACAGUCGAGAGAGGUUACGACCCGACGGUCGAGCCAGCGUCUAAAUAUGAGGAGUACCGCUUCAAGACCGUGCUCUCUUACUAUCUUUGCGAGCAAUUGGGUCUUUCCCUCAGAAAUAACUCGCUCGACAGCCUCUCCGACAGCGAACGUAUUAUUCUCCAAAAUUCCAUCGACAAGCACUACGAGCCUGGGCACGUGGCUGCUGUCAGCAUCGUUGAAAAGGUGGAUAAAGCUGGUGUGCGUCAACUCAAGCGCUGCUUGGUGUGCAGGCCAGUCUCCACGUACGCCUCUAUGCGGAGAGGCUGUAUGCGUGGAUUCUGGGGAGUCGUCGAUCGCGCCAUCGUCUUUCUCAAGGACACAUGGCGUGAAUGGUCACUCACCGACCAAUGUGAAGGAGACGUGCUCGAGGAACUUCACAAAGCAGGUGUGAGGCAUAUUCCUCAGGUGAGGUGCCACGGAGAUGUACCCGAGAAGGUAUUAUACGGAGAUAUCCCCACGCAGUUUUCUGGGAUGGCCACCUUCCAGCGGACAACGCGAAGUAGGAGCAACGCGUUGAUGAACACACCAGCGUUUCAACGAACUCAGACUGAUAGAUAUCGAACGGCGGAGUGGUUAUGCCGCAGCGACCGCCAAAUACUGGUACGCUCGCGCGUUCACUACCGACUGAUACUUACCACGGUCGGCCUUCCGUUGCAAGACAUACGGGGUACAGAGGAACUCCUCCACGCAACUUAUGAUAUAUAUGAAAGUAUCAUCGACGCAAGGGACAAGGCGAAGGUGUUCCACCGUGAUAUCAGCAUAGGCAAUGUCUUGUUUGUCAAGGAGCCCGGUGAAGACAUUCGCCAUGGGUACCUCAUCGACUGGGAGCUAUCGUCCCAUAUCGGAGACGAUGGGCUAUCCGAGAGUGACUGGACAGUCGGCACCCAAGCUUUCAUGUCUCACCGUCUUGAUACAGGGAACGGCAGGCUGCGACACGCCAUCGAAGACGACAUGGAGUCUCUGCUCUACGUUGUCCUGUAUUGUGGCCUGCACUGGCUUCCUCACGAGCUCAAUGCAGACAAGGCAGUCCAGGCGAUCUUUUACAACCGUGAGGUGGUCUCCCGCAAUGAGCGCGGCCAGAGGGAACUCCGCUCGAUGCAGCCAGGAGAGGGUAAAUUGCAAAAUAUGAAGAAUCGGAAGUACGUCGACCCAUCCCGGUUUGCUAAGCCAUUCGGGGUUUGGCUAGAGACUUCGAUGAACUACAAUCACCCUCGUGAGGAAGAGUACUCGUCCGCAUCAAAUUCCGUCUCCGCGCGCGAAAAUGGUGAUUGCUCCGAUGCUGCAGUUUCUCCAAAUCCCUCUGAGGGUAACUGGGAUGGCCCGACACUGUGGAAAACAUACUGGGAGCAGUACAAAGCCAACGAAUACUUGCCCAAGAACGACAGGAAGCCUCAUUUCGACAAAUACGACGAAUCAGAGGCUAAGCCGAAGGAUGUGACGAGGACUGUCGUGCACCGAGCGGGGAUGCCGCCGAACAAACGGAAGACCCGUCACCAGCGCGAGCCAGCGGACGGUAAUCUAAUGCAUAGGGACACAGAACCGGCGAAUGGCAGGCCAGCGAAACGUGCGAGGGUAUCAGCAAGGUAG